AUGCGGUCGAAAACCUCCGGCCGCCAAGACAAAGUAUCGCGUCAGGGUAAGAAGGAAAGCGAAAGCGGCUAUGCCGCUAACCUGGGCCGGAAGAUAAAGGACCAGCUACCCGAUAGGGGAGCUAGUAAGAACCAGGAAGCUGGUAAGAUAAACCCCCGCCAGGGUGGCAAGAUGAAACAGCAUGGAAAGGGUGGUAGUACGGUGCUUGAGGUGGCGCCAGAAAUUAGAAAGCACCCACUCGGUAACGUCACCCAACGACCGGGCAAGAAAGGACGACGACUCCAGGAACCGCAACCCGAGUCGGAGCGAGAGUCGGAGCGGGAGUCGGAGCGAGAGUCGGAGCGAGAGUCGGAGCGAGAGUCGGAGCGGGAGUCGGAGCGGGAGUCGGAGGUGGAAAGUGCCCUGUCCACGACGGGCUCAGAGUCGAAAACUGAUGCGGAUGCGCAGACGCCGGUCUCGAACGCGGGUUGUGCAGGUUUCGAGUCUGGCAGUGAGUCUGACGGCGCGUCCGAUGGUGUGUCCGUCACUGAGUCUGACGCAGUAUCUGGCGGGGUGGAGCAGUUAGAAUCGUCGGGGGAGUCAGAGCAGCUGGGUUCUGCGGACGAGAGUGAGGACGCGGUGUCUGAGGACGGUGAGAAAUUGGGUGGUGAGGAAUGCGGGGCGGAUUCGAGCGCGGGUUGUGAGUUUGAGUACGUGGACAGUGCGGCGGAGGAGGACGAGGCGGGUAUGGGUGAGGAAGCGUUGAUAGCAUCGUUGCCGCACGAGCGUGAGGCGUUGCGUCUGUUCGUGGAGCGGUGCGUGUCGGCGACGCGUAAGGGUGCAGAUGCGAGAGUGCGUGGAUCUAUACCGCGAGCGGAAUGGGUUCGGCGGCUGUCAGCAUCGGCAGCGAAGUACUGGGGUUACAACUUGGCUCUGGCGACAUACUUCGUGGAUUUGUUCGGGCCUGAGGAGGCGUUGGAAUUUUUCGAAGCGAAUGAGAGGCCUCGUACAUUGACAUUGAGAACAAACACAUUGAAGACUCGGCGGCGUGAAUUAGCGCAGGUAUUAAUAGCCCGUGGUUGCAAUGUAGAUGUGUUGGGUGAGUGGAGUAAGCAUGGUUUGGUUGUAACUGAUUCUACGAUACCUGUUGGGGCAACUCCCGAGUAUCUGGCUGGGCAUUAUAUGUUACAAGCGGCCUCUUCGUUCCUUCCUGUGAUUGCGCUACAGCCCAAGCCCGACGAGUAUGUCCUUGACAUGGCAGCUGCACCAGGAGGAAAAACAAGCUUCAUCGCACAGCUUAUGCGAAAUAGCGGUGUUAUCGUGAGCAAUGACGCAAGCAAAACUCGUGGGUUCGCGCUGGCCGCAAAUGUUCAUCGACUUGGUAUUACCAAUACUGUUGUCGUUAACUUUGAUGGAAGGAAGCUUAAUGAACAUCUUAAACGACCAUUCGACCGUGUCCUCCUUGAUGCACCAUGUUCCGGCUCAGGAGUUCUCAGUAAAGAUCCCGAAGCCAAAGUAAGACGUACACCAGAUGACUUCAGGAAGCUUGCCGCGCUACAAAAAGAGUUAUUAUGUCAAGCCGUGGAUCUUACUAAUGCUAAAAGCAACGCAGCUGUGAUCGUCUACUCUACCUGCUCGUGCUCUGUCGAAGAAAAUGAACAAGUCAUCGAUUACAUACUCAAAAAUAGACGUGUCAAACUUGUUGAUACUGGCAUCUCUUUCGGCACUCCAGGCCUCACUCGUUACCAUGACAAACGAUUCGACGAAUCCCUAGCACUUACCCGCAGGUUCUAUCCUCAUAAGAAUAAUAUGGACGGCUUCUAUGUUGCCAAGCUAAUCAAACUGGACGCACUUCCUUUGGAACGAACCAAACGCGACCGCAGCAAAAAAAACCAAUAUGUCAAAGAUGCGCUCUAA